AUGGCGGAUGCUUGUGGCUGCAAAGUUCGCUUUCUUCUUCACCCUACCUCUUUGCGCCAAAAAGUUCAGGAUUGGCUUGCCGAGGACACUCCAAGUUUCGAUUACGGUGGCUUCGUUGUCGGUGAAAGCGAAGAAACUGCAGUCUUGCUAUGUAAAUCCCGGGGUAUCUUAGCAGGCGUGCCGUUUUUCGACGCAGUAUUCCAAGAGUUAGGUUGCAGAGUGGAGUGGGAAUUCUCCGAAGGGGUACUGGUCGAACCUGCAACCACAGUGGCCAGGGUCACAGGAAAGGUUAACAGGAUUCUUAUAGGCGAGAGGGUGGCCUUAAACUGCAUUACAAGAGCUAGUGGAAUCGCAACGAAAGCUAGAAAUUUGACGAAACUCAAAGCGGAGCACAAGUGGCAUGGGGAAAUUGCAGGAACCCGAAAGACAACCCCCGGUUUUCGCAUGGUGGAAAAAUAUGCUCUUCUUGUCGGCGGUGUUUCUACGCAUCGUUAUGACUUGUCGUCUAUGAUCAUGCUCAAAGACAAUCACAUAUGGACAGCUGGAAAUGUUGAACGCGCCGUGAAGGACGCGAGAAAAGUUGGGGGAUUUUCUAUCAAGAUUGAGGUGGAAUGUCGCAGCAUUGCAGAGGCAAGAGAAGCUGCUACUGCUGGAGCCGAUGUGGUGAUGUUAGACAACUUCGAUCCCGAAGCACUGCACAACGCUGCAGCAGUUCUAAAGGAAGAGUUUCCUCAUUUGUUGAUCGAGGGAAGCGGCGGAGUCAAAAUAGGGAACGUUACGCAGUAUUUUGGCCCUCAUGUUGAUGUGAUUUCAAUGGGCUCUCUUACACAGGGCUAUGAGUCUGUUAAUUUUUCUCUAAAAGUUUUAAAGGAAGGCCACGACCCUCAUAAUCCAACUGUCAAAACUUCCUAA